AUGGGGCAACUAAUGCAGCGCAUCAAUGAGCACCUCCGCAUAGAAGAUGAUGCGGCGGCAUCCAUCGCGAAGACAAAUCCGGUGGUAAUAGACAAAAGGACGGCUGGCAAGGUGCACGCGGUCGAACAGGAGACUAACCGUCCAAGUGAUCGCGUCGAGGAAUCAGACCGUGGACCAAAUCAUCGAAACCAGGGUAGAGGUCACCGCAAUGACCAAGCAGAAUAUCCCCGCGAUGAUGUGGCUGAUGCUAACAAAAGGUUGAAAGCCCGGACGGGCAUCACCACGGUAUUUAAGAUUUCAAUCUAUCGCAUACUUAGUGAAAUUCGUGAUGAGGAUUACGUCCGGUUUCCUGCUAAGUUGAGCGAUGCGCAAAAGGGCUUCAAUCCGCGGUACCGCUACACAUAUCACAGGGAGCGCGGACACCGGACAGAGGACUGUUUGCCUUUGAAGCAACACUUUGAGGAGUUAGUCGCAGUCGGUCAUUUAGACCUUUACAUUGAUGGGGGAGUUAAGGCCACGCAUCCCACUCCGGCUGAUCCACUUGGACCGGAUGACUUAGAGGCGCCCCCUCAAGGAGUGGUCAAUGUGAUCCACGGCAUAGUGGAGCCAGCGCGUGUAUGUGAGCUCCGAGGAAUGAUCAAAAAGACGGAACAUAUGAGGGAGGUUUUGUCAGUCCAGCCCGCGAUCAAACGAGGGAAGACCGAAAAGAAAGAUGUGAUUAGUUUUUCAUCUAACGACCUAGAGCGUAUUCAAACGCUGCACAACGACACCCUGGUAGUCACCCUCCGCAUCAGAGACUUCGAUGUCAAGCGCAUCCUGAUUGACUAA